CUGUUAUCUGUGUCUGUGAUAUUUUAGUCGGUGAAGAAAAGGCAAGCUUCAUGCUAUCGUGAACAGUAGAGAUAAUACAGAACAAACAGUUCUCGAAUUGUACUUAUACAUAUUUAUUUUCACAAUUAAGAAUUUACGUUAAGUGUUGAAGCCAGAAAUGGAAACAUACUCAAAAAUUUUCCUAGAUGAAAAUAAUCAUCACAGAGUGAAGAUGGAAAUGGGAGAAGAUGAUGAUAGCUAUGAAAAAGGAAACUCAUUGGACUUGGAUUUUCAGUACACGACUGAUUGGGGGCAUAUUGAUGAAAAGACUGAAAUCAUGGAUAUUGUUCAGCAUUACACUAAUGAGAAUGGAAUAAUAUCGUCUAUUAAAUAUGAAAUAGGGGAGUUUGCUUUAAACCAGAAAAACAAUCUCGAAGGGCAUAUAGAUGCUGUCCAUUUGAAUGAAAGAGAACAUAAAUGUCACUUAUGUGAUUAUGCAGCCAAUCAGAAGAAUAACCUCAAAAAGCAUAUAGAUUCUGUCCAUUUGAAAAAAAAACCACUUAAAUGUCACUUAUGUGAUUAUGCAACCAAUCGGAAGAAUAACCUCAAAAAUCAUAUAGAUUCUCCAAUCGGAAGAAUGUCCUCAAAAAUCAUAUAG